AUGGCCCGCCCGGGCAAGACCGGGCAUGAUACAGCGUCAUUCCAAGAGCUCGCCAUCACGAAUCGCUUGGGGGCAUCACUCAUAUGGGAUACUGUCCUCCGCGCGCGAGGUCGGGGGUCAAAGGGCAAGCACGCCAAUCAAAUGGAGCAGGCUCAGCAGCACACCUCUGGAGCCGAGGACGGCGCGAUGAACAGUUUCCUGUCAGCACCUGACGCGACAUCCCUGGCUUCACAUCUGGAUCAGAUGUCGCUUGAGAUUCCACCUUCACAAGAUCUCAUGGGUGCAAUUUGGACUAUGUGGGAUGGAGGCAUCGACAGUCUGGGAUACGACAUCAAUCGAAGCAGGCAAUUUGGUACGGUAGCGCUACCGGUACUUAACCCCAAGCUAUGGAUAGAGCAGGCACGAGAAUGA